UGAAUGGCUGAAAUUUAUAGUUGCCCUUUUGACAAGGUCGAUUUUGUCCAGUCGUUUUUUCGAAGCCGUGUUAAUAUUAUCACGGGCCGUUUUAGAUUAGUUUUUAGAACGGACCGUUUUGAUCCCGAGAUAACGUGACUUGUUUUGAAGUCAUGUGACAUAGAUUUAGUUACAAAAUGGAUGUCGUGAUGUGCAUAAAAAAGUAAUUUAAAAUAGACCUAAACAAUCCUAGACCUAGAUCUAAAUUUUUCAGAGAAUGACUUAACGCACGAUUUGAAAAUUUGAUCAUACAAGAAGCAUCGUUUUAAUUGAUUAUAAAACUCUAAAGAAAAGUUACCAUUAGAUAAAGAUGUCAACCCAAACUAACAAUGUGGCAGAAGCUGAAGACACAACACCUCUCUUAGGCUCAAGAGUUCGAACCAGUUCAACUAUUAAGAGCCCUGUAAAUGUGCCAAGCACUGCUAUAGAACCCCCUAAUGUCUAUAGGAGCAGAUGGCGAUCAAUCAGAGUCAUGUAUCUGACCAUGUUCCUGGGUUCUGUUACUUUCACUAUAACCAUGUCUUCAUUAUGGCCAUUCCUUCAAGUUCUAAAUCCUUCAGUGACAGAAAGCUUCCUCGGUUGGGUGGUAGCUGCUUACAGUGUUGGACAAUUUGUUGCCUCCCCUGUCUUUGGUGGAUGGGCAAAUUUGAGAAGCUCUAGUAGAGAGCCAUUAAGCAUCAGUCUAUUCAUGACAGCCUUAUCAAAUUUCUUUUAUAUGUACCUUCAGUCUAUGCCUUCUCAUAAAGAUUAUUUCAUGAUUCUAGCCAGAGGUCUCAUUGGUUUUAGUGCAGGCAAUGUUGCAGUGGUCAGAUCAUAUGUCUCAGGAGCCACAUCUGAGAAUGAAAGAACUGGCAGUAUGGCCAAUCUAAGUAUAUUUCAAGCUAUGGGAUUCAUACUUGGACCAGUUAUUCAAGCAGCCUUGGUACCUGUUGGCUACCCUGGUCCCAUAGAGGUGGUUGGCUUUCAUUUGAACAUGUACACCGCCCCUGCCCUGUUUGCUGCUCUGGUGGCAGUCAUCAACCUGAUCCUGCUAGUCACCGUCUUUAGAGAACAUCGCGUGUAUGACACUCACUUUAAAGCGCAUGUUCAGGGUGAACCUAGUGAAGAGAUUAAUGAUCUUCAUAGUGAUGGAUCAAUUGUAUGCAAUCCAAAGAUCAACUAUAAACCUGAUUAUAUAGCAGUAGUGUCAACAAUUUUUCUGUUCUUUGUUGUACUAUUUAUAUUCACUGUGUUUGAAACAAUCGGGACACCUUUAACUAUGCAUAUGUAUGCCUGGAGUAAAUCAAAAGCAACUUUGUAUCAAGGAAUAACAUUAGGUGUGGCAGGCUUUCUAUCUAUAAUAGUUUUUCUGGUGGCUAAAACAUUGACUAAAAGGUACAAUGAAAGGUAUUUGCUUCUGUUUGGUUUUAUUGUCUGCCUAUGUGGAUUUUUUGUUUACAUACCAUGGGGAAAUACUUUGCCGCCUCAAGGAAUGGCACCUUUUGGACCACACAAUUCAACACAUUUGAUUUCGCAAGAAAGACUAACAUCAGUUUUCAACUAUUUACUGCAUGAAAUUACACAUGGAAACGACUUUUUGAACAAUAUUGAAAAGGGAAUGGCGUUGAUGAAAAGUUAUGACAUUCUAAAUAUGACAGGAAGUAACCUAACGACCAUAAGCAAGGUUGUUACACCUAUCCCAAUGAUUAACACAACAGAAAUGGUACACAAUACCACAUACACACCAGAAGGCUGUCCAUGGAAUUAUGCCUGGUGUAGUUAUGUUCCUGUUAUCCAUUUAGCUCAGUACUUUGGUGCAACAAUCCUGAUUAGCAUUGGAUAUCCAAUGUGUAACAUGCUCAGCUACACUAUUUAUUCUAAGGUCUUAGGACCCAUACCUCAGGGCCUUUGGAUGGGUUGGUUGACUGCAGCAGGGAGUUUAGCCCGAACUGUUGGACCUAUUUAUGUUUCUCAAAUUUACGAUUCCUUCGGACCACAGAUCACAUUUGGCAGCUGUUGUGCUUUUAUUGUAGUUACCAUUGGCUAUUACCUCGUUAUAUUUCGUAGGCUUGUUCCUUUUUCAUUGAAGGAAGCAUCUAUGAAACAGUUUGUUGCUAGUGCCUAAACCCAAAUCUUUUCAUUGACGAAACUAAUGCAAAAAAUGUUGAUAUUGUUGGCUACUUUGUGAUACAACAUUUAAACCUUGUAAAUGUAAAUUUUAUGUACAUAUUAUUUAACUGAAUUUAAUGAUAUAUCUUUUGCACUUUAAAAUAAUUUUUAAAUGUUCUAUUUUUAAGUGUCAUUGAUAUAACUUUUUAUUUACUGUUGGUUUAAUACAAUUUAUUAAUUUAUUCUAAUUUAAGCACAUUGAAUUGUCAAAGACCGAUAUAUGUUGUUUUGUAACAAUACAAUUGUACAAUUAUGUUAGAUCUAAUAACAGAUCUAAUAACUUUUUAUGUGCUAUAGAGAACCUGUUUUGUAAACUUAUUUAUUAUAGGCUUAAGCAGCAGUAUAAAUUAGGUCCUUUCAACAAUGGAAUGUAAUUUACCAUCACAAAAUGAUAAUUAAAAUAAUUCUGAAGGUGAUGCGUCAAAGACUGUUAUUGAGAUAUUUAUGAUCAGUCUGUUAUAUAGCUAAAAAAAUUCGAGGGGAUAGAUUACUCCAAAUAAUUUUGUACAUUUGAAAAAGCACAUGAAAUAAGUACUUACCCGGCCAGUCAGGUAUCAGAUCAGUCGGGGACCCGUGGU